AGAAAAGUUUUUUAUUGUGCUGGUGUUAAUGACCUCUGGUUCGCUAACAAUCAACAUAACAAGUGGAAAUAUCACUUUAGCCUCUGCCUUCACAGUGGUAUAGACCCUUUCACUGGCAUCCUAAAAUGGAUGCAAGUCUGGUGGAACAAUUCAAAUCCCAUCUUAAUCUGUUUGUACUACCUGGAUGUAGUGGAACACACCAGGCAUAGUCCUGUUUUUACACAAAGUGAUAUGGGCAAUGAGAAUGGUAACCUAGCCAGGGUGCAUAGCUUCUUGUGCCAAUGGGCUGACAAGAACUUGGACAAUACCUUGCAGCACCAUUGGAUGGCAGAGAAGAAAAACAUUCCUUCAGAAAUCAUAUGGAGUGUGUUUCAUACUCACUUUAGCUUUGGCUACGAAGGAAUCUUUCAGUUUGGCAUUGAGCAAGGCUGGUAUGACCUGAAGGUGCCUCUGGAAGCAUACAUCUCUUCUCUUUAA